CCCGAGAUACCAAACUACAACUUCCCCGAAUUGAGGUUCCCGGGUCAGAAGAAUCGAUCACCACCAACUUCAUUCGCACAUAAAAUCUUCCAAUUUCUCUUUCCCACUGCAAUAAUAUUCAACCAAAGGAUACCUUUGAAUUCAACAGAUUAGGACAAUGGCGCUCUCAGCCAAUGCCGCUCGAGCAUUGGAGCAAGUGAAGAUGGGCUUAUACAUGCUCUACGGAGCAGCCUAUUUUACUGAAGACGAAUGGAUCAAGAUUGACGGCUUGAUACAUAAAGGUCAGUACGUGUUCACGCGUGGCCCGCAGGACAACGUCCUCGAGGAGGAAUUGAUCUCCUUCGAGGGUUCCAUCGAGGAGAAAGCACAAUUCAACGUGCAAAUUCACGCAAAUCAAUCUCUUGAUGCCAUCAAGGCGGACCAUAUAGAGAUCAUGGAGAGAUCAAUACCGUCCCCAACUUCGUCUGAGCCCGCCAACUCUACCGACUGCCCUCCAGAAACCCCGAAUGGGACAUCAAUCGAAGCGUCUUCCGACGACGAACCCACCCAAACACAAGCAGCGGGGCUAGCACCUAUGCUCGACUGGGCUUCGGAAAUGGAAACCUCGAUGCCGAACGAGCCAGUCGAAACCCCCACGCGACCUACGCCACAGAUCCCUGCUGCUGGCGGUCUUGCAUUGGGAUAUACACAAUCACAAUUGGAUGAGGUCAAGGCCUUCAAUGCAGGAUUGACCAAAGCUGGAAAGAAGUCCCGCCCCCAGUACACAAAAGAGGAGGAGUCUUACUCUUCUCCCGAAUCGUCAGAAGAUGUGGCUUCAUCCGAACAGACGAAUGAAGACGUCUACCCUUCCCCAACACCAAGUCAGCAAGAGACACGAAUCCAAUCAUGGGCUUCUCAAGUGAAGACACAAGAGCCGAGUGUUCCGCAGAGUGUUCCUCCCAAUCCCAGCAAAAACACUCCCCAACCCAAAAUCACAAGUCUCAAUGACCCGAACGCCAAAGCAGCCGUCGAAGCUUUCACUAAGAUCUACGGCCGCAAGCCAAGGAGCAUCGGCGAUAUCUACCAACCCAAAAACCCCGAAUUCGUUUCUCCUGAGAAGCGACCCAUUUCCCGCACAUCCAAUGCGACUUCCAAGACGGCCAGAUCUAUUUCCGUUUCCAAAGCCAUUGUUGCUCGUCCCUCAACGGCAUCAACAACAACAAUCACCACCACAACGGCCACAACCACAAAGGGACCAAAACCCGAUCCGCGCUUACAACCAGGCAAGACCUUCAUCGCCCAGAGUGCCUUUGAAAAAUCAAGCAAGAUCUGCAUCGAUGUUCGUCCAGGUGACAACAUCAAGAUCAUCAAGCAUGUCUCUGGAAUCAUGCAUUACGGAUUGAAUCAGAACACCCACCAGACCGGUCAAUUCCCGGAGUCAAUCUUCACGUUUCCCCCUGGCGUGAAAAACAAGCAAGAAGCCUUGCUUGAUCAACAGCGAGCUCUGGCUGCUACAAAGAGGUCUAACCAAGUCGCUCUCAGGAAUAGUGCUCCGAGUGUCAGCACAUCCAACGGGCUAGAUCGUUUUGAGGGCAUGAAUGCUGCGGAGUGGGAGGAUGUGAGCGUUGUUUCCAGACGAGCUGCUCAGACUCCUGCCCCGGCCAAGAAACCCGUAGGCGGCUUGAGUGCAUCCCGGUACGCCGUGUUGGCCGACGAGGAUGAACCCCGGGCCAAGAGAGAAGAAGAGACUUCGUCCGGCAUCUCGAAGGAAGAAGUCGCCAGGCUCUUUGACGAGAAGUUCGCUCAAAUCCUCGCUGCGCAACAAGCAAACGCUGCCGCUGCCAACUCCCAAUCCCUGGUCCCCACGGGCCCUCGCUCCAAUGGGCUCCUGAAAGAACCCCUCAAGCCUGUGAACCCCAAGACAAACACCUGCUGGUUCUGGGCAACUCCCGGCAAAGACUGCCGCUUCACAGCCGACGAGUGCAGAGACCUGCAUGCGCACCUCCCUGUCUCCUCCAACCCUGCGAACCUCAGAAUGGGGAAACCGACAUGGGGCGCUCUCGCUGACUCUCUUCCUCCAACUCCCACUGACACAAUCGAGUACAAACCCGGCAAGGUGUCGAAGACGUGUUGGUACUGGGCUAAUGAUGGCAAGUGCGAGUUUUCGGCUGAGACCUGCAAGUACCUUCAUGGGCAUUCUGCGGCUGGUGUAGCGCCGAAACCGCAUACGCAGGGAUGGAAGAAGAGUUUUGAUUGGAGUCGAUUGAGGAAACGUGAUGGCGAGAAUGGGUAUGAAAAUGGUACUGAAAGCGGCCACGAGGAAGAAGGAAAUGGUUGGGGCAAUCUUGCUGAAAGCUCCGCCGUCAGUGGUGGAUGGGGCGAGUAUACGCCUGGUGAAGAGGAUGGCGAAUUGGUGCUUGAAGAGGGUGCGGGCGGUGAGGGUUGGGGGAAUUCGGAUGAUAAGUAUAAACCGCCGCAUAUUAAGGCUCUUGAGGAGAAGGCGCAGAUUCAAGCUGCUGGAUGGUAGGUGCAAAGAAAUUACUAACGCUAGAUUGGAAAUUAUGUUAUGGAGCUUCGUCUCCUUUGAGUUUGGAAAUGGGCAAGAGGUAUUUACUUGGAGUAUUUGGACAAAAAUGGUUUCCGGUUCCUGACAGGAUAUAUAGUCUCUUUCCCCCUUUAAUUAAGUAUUUGGCCAAGUGCGCGGAGAUGAAAUAAAAUUAUAAAAUUUAAACAGGCAGAACGGGAAGUUCA